GUCCCCACACAGGCCCCACCGUUGGGGGGGGUGCCCUCCCGGGCCCAUAGGUGAGGUGGGGGUCGCCCCGCAUGGCCCAGGGGUGAUGCGGGAUGCCCCAGCCCCCAGCAGGACCCAGCCCAGCUGCCUGUCCUGUCCGGCAAGAGCCUUCCCAGGGCCUGGGACAGCACUGGGGAAACUGGUGGGCGAGGGAGCCCCCGGCUCUCUCCCUGCUUCCUCCUGUAUUGCACCCAGCGAAAGAGGCCGCCUCCGAGUUCAUGCAUAAAAGAUCAAUGGAAAUGGUGUCGCCUGCUGAAGAUCGAUCCGCUGGCAGAAGGUGCAGUCGGAGGUCUGGAGCUGGGCGUAGAGAAGGGCCUCCUGGGACUCCAAGAGGGGGGAAAAAAAAAAAACCUCCAGUAAACGUCAAAAGCUCUGAAAAAUCGCCUCAUGAGUCGUCUUGCGCCGUGCGGCCCCGAAAUGGAAACCUGGAAAAGUCGAGGCAGUUUCUGGAUGCCUGGCUGCGUGCCAGCGGACUUUGCUUCCCACGCCGGGCGCUUCUGAAAGGCAAAGGGAGACGGUCUGCAAAGAGCCUGGCGCGCCAUCAACACGCGGAACGGAUAAAAGCGUCAAUGGCCGAGUCUGUGUUUUUGGGUGAGCGAAGGGCCCACGCUGAAAGUCCUUAUUUACACAACACGGGAUUAUUUAACCCUGAUUAGAAGCGGAGCUGGCUGGGAUAAUACCUGUUGUUUGCUACUUAAAGUAGCAAAAAUUAAAUAGUAGCAAAAAUAAAGUGGCAGUAAAAAUUCAGCUG